AUGGACUUCCAAGAAAUGUUGGAAACGAUGCAGAAAUGUGCAAAGAAAUUAGACGGAAUCGUCCAAGUCCACCAAAAUACCAAUAAGGGUAUAAAAGAGGUUAAUAUGGACCUGAAAAAAUGUAGCAUGUUUUUGGACAGGGAGUCGGUCAAGCAGUGGCUCGAAAGGGAGAAAUGGGAGAAGGUGGAACCUCAGACUUUUGAUGUAGACUGUCAAACCUAUCCAGUGACGCACUCAGUUGCCAUCCAGGCAGUUUGGCAGGAAAUUAAGAAGGACAAAGAGGUAACGGAGGAAAACAUCAGGAGGGAUAUACAAUUCAAUGCAGAAGGAUUUGAGGGCCUGGGAGGGGUGAUAGACUUGGACUGGCCCUGCAUUCGAGAUAGUGGAUGUGAGGUGAUCUUAGCCGGAGACUUAAAUGCAAAGUCUACAUUCUGGGGUUCACCACUGACGGACCAUAGAGGUAGAUAUUUAGAAGAAUGGAUAGCGGAAUUAAACAUGACUAUAGUCAACUCAGGAGGGCUGCCAACUUUCCAGAGAGGAGAAAGCCGAUCUUUUAUCGACGUGACUGCUGCCACCUCGACAAUAUCUACUAAAGUAACCCACUGGAAAGUCCUGCCAGGAGAGACACUGAGCUAUAAUAACCAUAUCUACUUCGAGCUGGAUAUUCAAGGGACAACAGGCCGGAAGCCAGGCGGUAGAAGAUCUCUUUUUGAUGCCAAAGCUUUUAAGGAAAACAUGAAUACCAUCAACCAUGCAAAUGUUGAGACUCCGGAGGAGCUAAUGGCUGUCUUAGAAGAGGCAACUAGAAAAAGCACCAUCCAUACCCGAGAGGAAAAACGAAAACUUCCAUACUGGUGGACAGUACAAAUAGAACGGCAACGAGAAGCCUGUCUUAAAUAUAAGAGAAAAGUGACAAGGGAACGAGCCAAACAAAGAAUGAGUAAAGAUGACUGGACAUACAGGACCUAUACAAAACAGCUUGGAAGGAGCUAA